ACUUCGGCUUCCAGAUUAUCACAGUCUCCAUUUUCCUUUUAUCAGGGAGAGCUCCACGCGAGAAGAAAAUCGAAUAUUCCAACCCUAAAGUCACGAUUUAUUACGGUAGCAUAACAUUUGAUCAUGGCAGCACAGUUUUUCAAUCGAAUAGGUCAGCUCGGCCUGGGCUUAGCAUUGACAGGCGGCGUCGUUAACUCUGCGCUGUACAAUGUUGACGGUGGUCACAGGGCAGUUAUAUUUGAUAGAUUUGCGGGUAUAAAGAACACCGUGGUAGGAGAAGGGACACACUUCUUCAUUCCCUGGGUGCAGAAACCAAUUAUUUUUGAUAUCCGUUCACGCCCGAGAAAUGUUCCUGUCAUUACCGCAAGCAAGGAUUUGCAGAAUGUAAAUAUCACUCUUCGUAUCCUCUUCAGGCCUGUACCUGAUUCAUUGCCCAAGAUAUACACGAUACUCGGUGUUGACUAUGACGAAAGGGUACUACCAUCUAUUACCACUGAAGUGUUGAAAGCUGUUGUCGCACAAUUUGACGCUGGUGAAUUAAUUACACAAAGAGAACUUGUAUCUCAAACGGUCAACGAAGAGUUAACAGAAAGAGCCUCGCAGUUUGGACUUAUUUUGGAUGAUAUUUCUCUUACACAUUUAACAUUUGGUAAAGAGUUUACCCAUGCAGUAGAAUUGAAACAAGUUGCGCAACAGGACGCGGAAAAGGCCCGUUUCUUGGUAGAAAAAGCUGAACAACAGAAGAAGGCGGCUAUUAUUAGUGCUGAGGGUGAUGCUCAGGCCGCGAUUUUACUAGCGAAAUCUCUAGCUGAGGCUGGAGAUGGUUUGGUCGAGCUCAGAAGAAUCGAAGCUGCGGAAGAUAUCGCUCAUAAUUUAUCCAAGUCCCGUCAAGUGGCAUAUUUGCCAUCAGGUCUGAACGUUUUGCUUAAUUUGCCGCAGUAAAAUAAAUGAAUUGUUACAUGUUUCUACAUGAAUUGUGCAUUUAUAUCAUGAGCAGUUUGUCGCUAUAUUAGAGAUAAAGAGAGACAAAGUGUAAAAAAGAAUAUAGCCUAUAUGAUGACAACUUCCCUGAAAGUGCUGUAUAGCAGGAAUAUAUAGUAUUUUGUAAUAUUCA